AUCAUUUGUAAAAGUAUACGUCUCGAUGGUUGAGCUGUGAAUCGAGUGAUUAUUCUGAAAUUCAAGCAUAUAAUGAGAAUAGCGAAACUUUUGGGCCUACUAAAGAAGAAAACACUCAACAACAAAUCAAAAAGCGCAUAAAUUACACCCACGAAGAAUAUAUUCAAUCUUCAAUAAGAGAAUAUAAGGAAGAGUCAAGUGUUGAUCAGUUUUUGGAAAACGAGAGGGAAUUCUCUCAUCAACAUUCAAGCCCAAAACCUAGCAUCAGUUUUAAGGGAAGUAACGGAUACACCAAUAUUACACAUUAUAACGACGGCAUCCAGCAAGAGAAAAUUAUCGAUCAUAACUAUAAUACAGGAAUUUCUCAAGCAUAUCGUCCCAUCCAACUUGACAAGGUUGUUUUCUCAAAUUCCGUAGCAGGAGCAACCAGUAGUUUAGAAGCUGACGUAAAAAUGCCAAGUGGAAGUAUUGAUCAACCACUUAUAGAAGACAAUCAUGAUGGAACUGUUUCAAUAAGCUACGAUCCUCGAGAAGAAGGCCUCCAUGAAUUGGCUCUUAAAUAUAACGGCGAGCAUGUUCAAGGUUCACCAUUUAAGUUUCAUGUUGAUUCAAUUUCUUCCGGAUAUGUGACUGCCUACGGACCUGGUUUAACUCAUGGAGUAACAGGGGAACCAGCUAAUUUCACCAUUUCAACAAAAGGAGCAGGAGCAGGAGGUUUAUCCAUGGCAGUCGAAGGUCCAAGUAAAGCUGAAAUUAAUUAUAAAGACAACAAAGAUGGAACAGUUUCUGUUGGUUAUCUCCCAACAGCACCAGGGGAAUACAAAAUCUCAGUUCGUUUUGGUGAUAAAAAUAUCAAAGGAUCACCGUUCUUUGCUAAGAUCACUGGUGAAGGUCGAAAACGUAAUCAAAUAUCAGUUGGUUCUUGCUCUGAAGUCACUUUUCCUGGAAAGAUAUCUGAUGCUGAUCUUCGUUCGCUCAAUGCAUCGAUUCAAGCACCAUCAGGUUUAGAAGAGCCUUGCUUCUUAAAAAGAAUGCCAACUGGAAAUAUUGGCAUUUCGUUUACUCCAAGGGAAGAUGGAGAACAUAUUGUUUCUGUUAAGCGCUUAGGUAAACAUAUCAAUAACUCCCCAUUUAAAGUCAAAGUAUCUGAUCGUGAAGUCGGUGAUGCAAAAAAAGUGAAAGUCUCAGGAGGUGCCUUAAAGGAGGGACAAACUCAUGCUGAAAAUAUCUUCUCAGUAGACACGAGAAAUGCUGGAUAUGGUGGUCUUUCACUUUCUAUCGAAGGACCUAGUAAAGCAGAAAUUGUUUGUAACGACAAAGAAGAUGGAACCUUAAACAUUUCCUACAAACCAACUGAGCCUGGAUAUUACAUAAUCAAUUUAAAAUUCGCUGAUCAUCAUGUUGAAGGAUCACCUUUUACAAUCAAAGUUAGUGGUGAUGGAUCGAACCGAAAGCGUGAAAAGAUUCAAAGAACACGUGAGCCUGUUCCAGUUACUGAAGUUGGUAGUUUAUGUAAACUCUCAUUCAAAAUGCCUGGAAUUACUUCAUUUGAUUUAUCAGCUACUGUAACAUCACCUGGUAAUCGUGGUGUUACUGAAGAUUGUGAGGUUGUAGAAGUUGAAGAUGGUCUUUAUGUUUUGUCAUUUGUGCCUAAGGAACUUGGUAUACAUACAGUUUCAGUUCGCUACAAGGAAAUGCAUAUCCCUGGGUCUCCAUUUCAAUAUACUAUUGGACCUUUACGUGAUACUGGAGCUCAUCUCGUAAAAGCUGGUGGUCCUGGUUUGGAGCAUGGCGAACAGGGUAUACCCAAUGAAUUCAAUGUUUGGACACGUGAAGCUGGUGGUGGAACUUUGGCAAUAUCUGUUGAAGGGCCAAGUAAAGCUGAAAUUGAUUUCAAAGAUCGUAAAGAUGGUUCAUGUGAUGUUUCAUACACUGUUGAUGAGCCUGGCGAUUAUAGAGUCGGAAUGAAAUUUAACGACCGUCAUAUUCCUGAUUCUCCAUUCAAAGUUUAUAUUUCACCUGCUAUGGGAGAAGCUCAUAAAUUGGAAAUUGCACAAUUUCCUGAAGGUUCAGUUCAAGCUGAUAAGCCUGCUCAAUUUAUUGUACGUAAAAAUGGAGCUGUUGGAAAUUUAGACGCUAAAGUCGUUGCUCCUUCAAACACUGAAGAUGAUUGCUUUAUUCAAUUGAUCGAUACUGACAACUAUUCUGUUCGGUUCUAUCCCCGUGAAAAUGGCAUUCAUGCAAUUCAUACAAAAUUCAAUGGAGUUCAUAUACCUGGAUCUCCUUUCCGUAUUUUGGUCGGUAAGGACACUGCCGAUCCUGCAGCUGUGCAUGCAAAUGGAAAUGGAAUUCGUGAAGCAAAAACUGGACAGAAAACAGACUUCAUUAUUGACACUUGCAAUGCUGGUGCUGGAACACUCACUGUAACAAUGGACGGCCCUUCAAAGGUAUCUAUGGAUUGCACAGAAGUUGAAGAAGGCUACAAAGUACGAUAUACAACUUUUCUACCCGGUGAAUAUUACUGCACCAUUAAAUACAAUCAUAUGCACAUAGUAGGAUCACCGUUCAAAAUAAUUGCGGACGGCGAUAAGCUAGCCGAAGAAGGAGCACAGGAAACUACUACUGUGUCUGUUGAAACUGUUGCUAAGAUUAUGAAAGGUGGUAAAUGCAUCGGACCGGUAAUGCCAGUGUUUAAAUCUGAUGCAUCUAAAGUAGAAGUCAAGGGCAUGGGAUUGAAAAAAGCUUACAUGGGAAAACACAACCAAUUUGUCAUAUGUGCAGCUAAUGCAGGAAACAAUUUCUUGUACGUUGGCAUGUAUGGACCUAAAGGACCAUGUGAAGAAGUGUCUGUGAAGCAUAGUGGCAGAAAUCAAUUCAAUGUUAACUACUUGGUUCGUGAGCGUGGAGACUACAUUUUGAUUAUCAAGUGGGGUGAUGAUCAUGUUCCCGGUUCACCAUUUAAAAUUGAAGGAUAAUAAUAUUCUAUUCAAUUUCAUAUUUUUUAUAUUACAUUUAAAUGCAUAUAAUCGCUUCAUUAUGAAUUAAUAUUCGGAAUUGCUAUCUAUGAAAGUAAUGAAUAAAUAUAUCCUUAACUACCUAUACAUGAGAAUAAAAACAUUAAAAACGACAUUAUUAGUCAACAGAUAAAUAAAUUUUAUCCGAAAUAAAUUGAUGCCCUCUUUCAAAAAUGUAUAUCAAAUUGAGUAUUU